GUCGUGAACGCCUUAUCGAUGACGAAGAAUGAGUAACGGUAGCUCUUCAACAAGCUCUCGAUGGCUUGGAUGCUCGGUGCGGUGGAUGCCCAUGUUGUGGUCUCCCUAGGGACCCCCGCGGACUUUAGCCCUCGCGAAAGGCUCAUCUGCAGCUGCAACACCGUGCAACAAAUGCAACAACAUGGCAUAUCUAUUAGGCUGGAAAGACAUCUUACGGCCCAUACGUGACGGCUACCGACACCUCUUCCCAUCUCCAGAUACAGGCCCAACACCAGAAGAACGUCGAAAGCAACGCGCCCUCGACCAGCUGAAAGGCUUCACUUACUUCGACACCUUCGAACAGCUGGAGACGUGGACUGACACUGAUGCUGAUCCUUUACAACGAGCCAACACGCCGUUGAUGGUGCGUUCGGUCAACGAAAGAGAGGGAUUAGGCAAGACUAGUGUCCUUCUUUGCCAUGACUAUGCAGGAAACUACCACGACUAUGAGGGGCCAUCAGGCAUUGGCUUAGAACAGGAGAAGUAUGCAUGUGAAUACCUGCAAUAUGUCGAUACCUUCAUCUACUUUUCUCACAAACUCGUGUGCGUCCCGCCACCAACCUGGACCAAUGCACUGCAUCGCAAUGGAGUGAAGGCGCUCGGCACGAUACUGAUCGAAUCGCAAACGCCAGACUCUGAGAAGCUCUUACAGCACGGCAACGAUGGAUUAUCUUUCCCAUUGGCAACGAAGCUUGCCAAGAUUGCAGAUCACUACAAGUUCGACGGCUGGCUUGUGAACAUCGAAAAGCCGUUUCCCACAGCGAGCUGGAAUGCACACGUUCUGGAGGCUUUCCUUCGCCAACUAAAGUCAAAUCUUGGAGUCGAAAAGCAGCUUAUCUGGUAUGAUGCCUUGACUACCACCAAUAAAGUGUCCUAUCAGAACGCCCUCAACACGCAAAAUCUGCCAUUUGCGAAAGCUUGCGGCAGCGUUCUUACCAACUACUGUUGGAAAGAGAGUGACGCCGCGGAUUCAUUACACGAAGGCCUGCAAACGAACUUGCCAUCACAUCAAAUUCACUUUGGCAUUGACGUCUGGGCUCAGAAUACAACCAAGCUCUCGCAUCCUCGCAUCACAUACCCCGAGUAUGGCGGUGGCGGUACCAACACGGGUGUCGCGGUAGCCAAGCUUGCAGAAUUUGGGCUCUCGGCUGGCAUCUUCGCACCAGCGUGGACGUUCGAGCACUUUCCAGGUCACGGAAGAGAUGUGGAGCAGACGAUGUGGGAUGGAGGAGAUCUCCCAGAGGGUACAGCUUGCCCGUGCGGUGAUUGUGACAAGCGGCAUCAACCGAACAAAGUAACACCAAUCACCAGCUUUGCAAGGCUGUACAAUGCCGGCUCAGAGACAUUCUUCUUUACAGACUUCAGUCGAGCAUUCAGCACGCACAGUGACAAAGAGAAAGAGAGUCUGUUCAGUGGCUUCAGCAUGCAUGCACAACUUGGCUCGCAAGCAAUCCUGCCUCUUAGAACGGAGUCACUAGGCAUGCUAAGUCCUUUGCGACACAGAUUGGAAGACGUAUCAGGUCGAUCGCAGCUUGUUAUUGAGGCUUGCAAUUUGCCUUUAUCGUCAAUUAAGAAAGAUUUGGCGCCCACAGAUCACAAUUGGAUGAUACCGCUGUUCAAACUGGACAUGCCAGCGGAUGGGUCGCUGCGGCUGCGGGUCUCCUAUCGAGACCUCUCAAACAUACCCCAAGGCGUAGCCUUCUACAUGAAAGUCUCUGGUACAGUGCAUGGCCUUACGCAAUACGACUGCCCUCGAAUUGACCACCUCCUCGACCUCGAAAUCAGAACCAGCAACGUUCUAUCAUUGUCAAAUCCUCAGGUGGACUAUAUCUGCAUUCAGCCUAUCGCUUCCUAUCCUGUUCCGUCCCAACCUGUCCCUUACCGAGGUGACUCAUUCCAACCUAUCUCAUCCCGAAAUUUCCCAUCAGAGGCCUCAUCGCCGACGAGUACCAUCUCUGAUAUUCAGAAGUCAUCUCGGGGUGAAGGAGAGACACAGCAUCUGAGACUCUGCUGGACCCACUCUUCCAGUGGUCAACCAGUGAAGGGCAUGCCUUACAGUAGCAUUACCGGAUCUUUCUCUUAUUUUGUCGUUUGUGUUGAUGGUAACGGUUUCGGAAGAGCGUAUGCGGGAGAGCACAUGCUUCCAGCUUCGUUCGUGGAGCGACUGGCUGGACGCGAGGUGUUUGUGAAGAUCAAGGGCAUAGGUUUCGACGGGCACGAGCUUUCGAGCGCAAGCACAACGUUGCAGUUUUAACCGGAUUUGUCAAAUCGGUCGGGAAUAAGGCGGCCUUUGCAUGCGUGUGUCGCAAAGUUCAC